CAUCUCCAUGCGCUCGAACCCAUUUUCGAAGCACUUAUUCCACUUGUUUGCUGGCAGAUCCAAAACGGCAUUUUUGAAUGCGUCAACUGCUUCUUCUGGUGACUGGAACCUUUGACCACGCAAAAGUAAAGAAAUCGUUAGGACAUAGAUCGGGACAAUAUGGAGGAUGGUCCAAUAAUUCCACGUUUUCUUCCCUUAAAUACCGCCUUGUUUUUUGAGCUGUGUGCGAGCUUGGAUUGUCUUGGUGGAGGACUAUUGUUCUUUCGGGGUUGAUUUUUCGAAGCUCGGUGAUGACUUUUGGCAAACAAAUGGUGGUAUAAGAAUCCACAGUAAUA